AUGGCACGGGUGCAGCAGGUUUUGGCGUGCCUGGCGCUGGCCAUGGCCGUGUGCAUGCCCGCCGCGUCCGCGUUCGUGUUCAAGGCCGGGGGCACGGGCCAGUGGCGCGUGCCGGGCAACGGCAACGCGGCCUCCUACAACACGUGGGCCGAGCACACCCGCUUCCGCGUCGGCGACGCGAUAGGCAAGUCCUUCACGUACCAGCCCGGCAGCGACUCGGUGCUCAUCGUCGACAAGAAGGCGUACGACGCCUGCGACACCGGCUCGCCGGUGGACACCUUCUCCGACGGCAACACCGUCUUCACCUUCACCGUCUCCGGGCCUUUCUACUUCAUCAGCGGCAACAAGGACAACUGCAACCGCGGCGAGAAGCUGGUCGUCGUCGUCAUGGGCCCCCGCGCCGCCACCAACGGCACCUCCACGCACGCGGGCGCGCUAGCCCCCUCGCCGGCUGGCGACAACGGCGGCCAGUUCUCGCCGCCGUCCCCGCCGCCUCCCUUCGGCAUGAACAUCUCGCCCACGGGGAACCCCGACCAGCAGAACGCCGCGGCCGGCAAGGCGGCAGGCAUUGCCGGCACGGCCGCGCUCAUCAUCGGGACCAUGCUCUACUCGCUUGUUUGA